UAUUGUUUACUUGAGUUACUAUGUCCUUAAGUCAUUUUUCUGGUGUAGUAAAACUAUUUUCCACAGUUCUUUCUCGUUUCAUUGACAUGAUUGGUUAGACAUUAGAUUAGACAUUGAGCGAACGAGAAUUUGUUGAUGGUCCCUUACAUAUGCCGUUGUGUAGCAUUGCCUGUCAGACUGUUGGUCCGCGAUCAAUGACCUUUCGGGGAUGCGACGAGGACGUCUCCGCAAACGCAGGAGCGAACAUCCGUCGAAUCCAAUGACCGUCUGAAUUCACCGCAAUGUGACUGUCGGGGAACAGCCUUCAUGUGAUGUCCUGUUUCAACAUGAUCAGGGAAAUGAAAGGCCAUUGUUUUGAAGGCGCAGCUGAGGAUAACAGUGCUAUGGAUUCCAUGGAUAUAAUAAACCCCUCAAAUGUAGACUGUGGGAAACAUGAAGAGGAGUUGGAUCCAAGAAUCCAGGUGGAACUAGAGCAUCUGAACCAGGCCGGUGAUGACAUCAACCAAUUGGAGCUACAGCUGGAUGAUGCCCACUCCAGCUACAGGAGAAUUCUCACGGACACCGCUCGGAGUUUGAACGCUCAGGCCUCACAUCUAGGGACCUGCAUUGACAAAGCCAGACCCUAUUACGAAGCACGAAGACUUGCCAAAGAGGCCCAACAUGAGACUCAGAAAGCGGCCCUGAGAUAUGAGCGGGCCGUAUCCAUGCACACUGCUGCCAGGGAGAUGGUGUAUGUUGCCGAACAAGGCCUUCUGGCUGACCGCAACUCCAUGGACCCCACUUGGCAAGAGAUGCUCAACCAUGCCACCACUAAGGUGAACCAGGCUGAGGAAGAGCGUCUUCACAGUGAGCUCGAACACCAACGAGUCACACAGCUUUGUCAAGAAGCUGAGGCUUCUGUCCAGUCCCUCCAGAAGUCCCUCAAGAAAGUCAUCCUGAAAUCCAAACCAUACUUUGAGCUCAAGGCGCAGUUCAACCAGAUUCUGGAGGAACACAAGGCCAAAGUUGUGCAGUUGGAAGAGCAGGUGGCAAAAGGGAAAACCCGCUACUCUGUAGCUCUACGGAACCUGGAGCAGAUCAGUGAGCAGAUCCAUGCUCAUCGGGGGAAAGCCCAGGUCAGACAAGGACAACAUGUGGCCAGUGUGGGGCGCAGCUCCCCUGUUGGUGCUGAGGCUCAGGUUGGAGAUGCUGCUGGGAGUCACACCGGGAACUGUGAGGGGGUCAGCGGGGUGGAGUGUGACUGGGCCGAUGGAGAAAGAACCAGACUGUGGGUGGAAAAGCACCGGCAGAAUGGCUGGGGUCACCAAAAGCGCUUAGAAAUUCGACCUUCCAUCUCUGACUGUAUCUCGGUCGUCAGUCUACAGACCAUAGCUUCAGAUCUAGAGAAGUGUGACUCUGUGGAGCACCUGGGUGACCUCAGUGAGAGCGGGAGUGUGGGGGAACCGCCGUGGGCUCUCUACAGAAGCCAGAGGUCCAGGCCCUUGAGUAGGGUGGAGACGACUACCCAUCAGGAAGAGGAGGAAGCACUCAGCCAAAAGAAGUUGCAAAAGGUUGUCAAGCAGUUGCACAGAAGUGCUACUGUCUGAUCCUGAGUUGAGGAACCUCCUGCCCUUAUGGAAAACAAAAAAGCACUGCAGAACUUGUUGAGAACGUCCAUGAAACGAAUAAAAAAUGUUGCAGGUAAGAAACAUAAUGAGGUGUGACCUCUUCAUGACCAGCCAUUGGAGAGUAUACAGGGUGUGUGCCUCUAUGUGCAUGUGUCCAAAAACAUUUAUGUUCUUCAACUUGAGCAAAAUCUUGUAUUUAUAAACGUAUUCAUGUACAAAGUAUGUUUAAUAAAAAUGAUUUAGCUAUUUUA